AUGACGCUGCUUGAAGAAUAUUCGGAGUCAGCUGAAGUGCGGUCUUACGAAGAGAAGGAUAAGAUAUUGGAAAAUGUUAAAAGAAGAUGGGACACGUUAUAUGACGAGGAAUUUAUGUACUUGAUGACAAGUCACGAUUUUCGCGAAGGAGUUUUGAGCUCCGUUACUGAUGUAAAUAUUGCAAAUUGCUCGAGAAGCACGCUGUCAUUCUUUGUAAGACGGUUACUUCGCCAUUUUGGCGAUACCGAUGGUGCCCGAGAGAUCCUCAUUUUUGCUAACAAAGUGUGCCAGAAGCCGUGCGCACGUGUGUCAAUGGUCAUGCAGCGUCGGGCUACGAAUAUGCUUCCGGAUGCACCGACACGCGAAGUUACUGCUUUACGAUUUCUAAAAUGUGGAGAAUUUAUCACCAGCUCCCUAUCGGUUAAAGUAGUUCUGCCGGAUGAAAUUAAUCGAAACGGAGGAGCAAUAAGCAAAAACUGUAUUUUAUUCACAGGGCUAUCGAUGGAUUUCCAAUUCUUUGUUAAUAUUGAUGAUAACAAAAACGCUAAAAAACAAAAAGAAAAUGAAUUGAACGACUCCAAACCAAGUGAAAAGUCAACUUAUGCCAAGCAACUAAUUGAAAAUAUUAAAAAAUAUACAAUGUGUCUCCAAUUGGACAAUUCCACUGAAUCAGAUUUGAAAUUGGUGAAGUCUAUAAGACGUUCCUGUAAACCAAACAGUGUUCUUCGCUAUGUCAUUCUCAAUCAACGUAUCGAGUUCUUCAUUUGCGCAACACAAGAUAUACAAGAAAACGAAGAGAUAACACUGCCACAUGACUUCGACUACUAUCUUUCGCCGAAAAUAUUGCAAUGCGCGUGCAAUGGAAAUUGUAGUUUUGAGGUAUUUAUUGAACAUUUCAGCGUUCAUACUUAUGCUUUGAUUGACAAUUAUAAUCAUAACUUGAAAAUUCUUGAAAUGAAGACAAAACCCUAG